AGACGACGCAUCACUGUCCUUUCUUGCUUUUCUUCAAGUUAAGUUUCUACCGUCGGUCUAAAACGUUGACAAGCCAAUAUCGGUCCACCUUUUCUGUGAGGAUAGAAUUAAGUCUAUCUGUGAUAUUUUCCACAUCAUGACUUUGAAGGGAUCACUGAGAAGACUUGACUUUUAGAUCAAUGGGUGAUCGUCCUUUGUUUUCCUUUUUUCUUUUUGAUAAGAAUUGGCAGCUCUCUUAGAUGCAGUCGGUAGCUGAAGUGCUGAACAUGAAGCUGCAACAUCUGCUAGCAGUUCAUACCUUCUUCUUCUUCUUGGUCUGCGCCUCCACCGAAGAACACUGUUCUUCGUCAUGUGGUAGCAUCAACAUCACCAGUCCCUUCCGCCUUCCAGAUGAUCCGGCCGAUUGCGGAAUGCCCGAGUACGAGCUGACAUGCCAAAACAAUCAAACCCGUUUGAACAUCAGCUCCGGGCUUUAUGUUGUUAAAGCAAUCUCCUACGAGAACGAAACUAUCAGAGUGGUCGAUCCUGGUCUACAGAGCAACAACUGUUCUUCACCGCCAAAAUAUUCUCUCAACACCCGGGAUUUGUGGGAUUCCGGUGGAUCAUAUGUUCUUGUUCAACGGGACGGCUUUGUAGACUACACGACCUGCCGGCAGCCGGUAAACGAUUCGUCUUAUGUAACAACUAGCCCUUGCAUCAAUUCUACCAACGAGUACGACUACGUUCUGGCUGGAGAAUCAACUAUUGGUGAACUUGAUACUAAGUGUAGUAUUGUUCUCUCGGUUCCUAUCGAGGUUGCCUUUGAUGGAAAUGCUUCCUAUCUGGAGAUCUGGUCUGCUCUGCUUAUGGGAUUCCAAUUGUCCUGGAAAGCUUUUCGUUGCCCAGACUGUGAAGCUGCUGGCGGGUAUUGCAGGAAUGCAAUCCAAUCCAUGCACUGUUUCUUUGACGCCUUACAAGGAUUAGAAGAAAUCGGGUUGAGGAUUGUCACAAUAGCAGGAUACGUUUUGGCCGCAAGAACUGCGCUGGGAUUCGUGUGCCUCUUCUCCUUCCUGAUCUAUAAAUUGCGCAGGCAAUACCUCAUCCAUGCAGGCUAUGUUUUGGCUGCAAGAACUGCGCUGGGAUUCGUGCGCCUCUUCUCCUUCCUGAUCUAUAAAAUGCGCAGGAAAUACCUCCGCAAGAACGAAAGAAUCGAGAUUUUUCUUGACAAGUACAGGAAUCAGAUGCCAACGAGGUACUCCUACGGUGCCAUCAGGAAGAUGACCAGAGGUUUCAAGGAAAAGUUAGGACAAGGGGGGUUUGGGAGCGUCUUCAAAGGCAUACUGCCCGGCGGCCGCCCCGUCGCCAUCAAGAUACUGGGCAACACAAAAGGCAACGGCGAAGAAUUCAUCAACGAGGUGGCGACCAUCGGGAGAAUUCACCAUGUCAAUGUGGUGCAGCUCAUCGGCUUCUGCUCCGAGGGAUCCAAAAGGGCGCUCGUCUAUGAUUACAUGCCCAAUGGUUCCUUAGACAAGUACAUCUACUCCAAAGAAGGCCAAAGCAGCCCUCCUGCUCUUGGCAUGGACAAGAUGUACGACAUCGCCAUGGGAGCAGCUCGCGGGAUCGAGUACCUGCACCGGGGGUGCGAAAUGCAGAUUCUUCAUUUCGAUAUCAAGCCCCACAACAUUCUUCUGGAUGCAGAUUUCGUCCCAAAGAUUUCCGACUUCGGAUUGGCCAAACUGUACCCAGCAGGAAGGAGCGCGGUCUCUGUGAGUGCAGUUAAAGGGACGAUAGGAUACAUCGCUCCUGAGUUGAUAUACCGCAGCUUUGGGCGCGUUUCGUACAAAUCCGACGUCUACAGCUUUGGGAGGCUGCUGCUGGAGAUGAUCGGGAGAAUGGCCGACCCGAGAGCAGCGACGGAGCGUGAUUCGAGCGGGUUCUACUUCCCUGCAUGGCUUUACGAUCAGCUGUCGAAGGGAGAAGAUGUUGUCGUCGAUGUCGUGGUGGAAUCCGAGUCGAAAGUAGCAGAAACGCUGGCUGUCGUUGGGUUAUGGUGCAUACAAAUGAGUCCGGACGAUCGGCCGUCCAUGCACCGGGUUGUGGAAAUGUUGGAAGGGAGUGCGGGCGACAUAGCGAUGCCGCCGAGGCCUUCGCUUCUAUUUCCAUCGGAAGUCGGCGAGGAAGAGCCUCUUGAGACGGAGUCCUCGGAGAGUUCAUAUAUGCUGGAGGGUGGCACGUCCGCUGCGUGACUGCAGACAGCAGAAGUAUCGGUGUUAUUAUGGGACUGAGUAGAACGCAUUGUAACUCAAUUACAUGUACGAUAUUUCAAUUUGGUAAUAAUUAUCUAUUUAUGA